GCCGUGUUGUUCUGCGCACGCGCUACUUUUGCUGACCCGGAAGUUAUCGCCUCACUUAAAAUCGUUGGACCGCUGCGCACGGCCUCUUCCUGUCUGUGCCAGGGCGGCGCGUGGUCCACGACAAGCUGUAGAGACGCCUCAGCCACGGUCUUAGGAUGACGGAGUGGGAGACAGCUGCACCCGCAGUGGCGGAGACCCCAGACAUCAAGCUCUUUGGGAAGUGGAGCACCGACGAUGUGCAGAUUAAUGACAUAUCCUUGCAGGAUUACAUCGCGGUGAAGGAAAAGUAUGCCAAGUACCUGCCCCACAGCGCAGGGCGCUAUGCCGCCAAGCGCUUCCGCAAGGCCCAGUGCCCCAUCGUGGAGCGCCUCACCAACUCCAUGAUGAUGCACGGCCGAAACAACGGCAAGAAGCUCAUGACCGUGCGCAUCGUCAAGCAUGCCUUCGAGAUCAUCCACCUGCUCACGGGCGAGAAUCCGCUGCAGGUCCUGGUGAACGCCAUCAUCAACAGCGGCCCCCGGGAGGAUUCGACCCGCAUCGGCCGAGCCGGAACCGUGAGGCGGCAGGCGGUGGAUGUGUCCCCACUGCGCCGUGUGAAUCAGGCCAUCUGGCUGCUGUGCACGGGUGCCCGAGAGGCUGCCUUUCGGAACAUCAAGACCAUUGCCGAGUGCCUGGCAGAUGAGCUCAUCAAUGCCGCCAAGGGCUCCUCCAACUCCUACGCCAUCAAGAAGAAGGAUGAGCUGGAACGUGUGGCCAAAUCCAACCGUUGAUUUCCCAGCUGCAGCCCCAAUAAAACUGUUUGCCAUUUA